GCGGCGCGGGCGCCCUGCGGCCGCUCUACAUGGACGUGCAGGCCACGACGCCGCUGGACCCGCGCGUGCUGGACCGCAUGCUGCCCUUCCUGACGGCGCGCUUCGGCAACCCGCACUCGCGCACGCACCGCUACGGCUGGGAGAGCGAGGCCGCCGUGGAGGCCGCGCGGCGGCAAGUCGCAGCGCUGGUCGGAGCCGAUCCCAGGGAAAUCAUCUUCACGAGCGGCGCUACGGAGUCCAACAACAUGGCCAUCAAGGGUGUUGCAAGAUUCUAUAAGUCCAGAAAGAAGCACAUCGUUACCACCCAAACAGAGCACAAGUGCGUGUUGGAUUCCUGCCGUUCCCUGGAGUCGGAAGGUUUUCAGGUCACGUAUCUCCCCGUUAAAAAGAACGGCCUCGUGGAUUUGAAGGAGUUGGAGGCUGCUCUCCGGCCAGAUACAAGUUUGGUUUCUGUCAUGACUGUGAAUAAUGAAAUAGGAGUGAAGCAGCCCGUUCACGAAAUUGGUGAGAUCUGCCGUGCUCAUAAGGUUUUCUUCCACACAGAUGCCGCACAGGCAAUUGGUAAAAUUCCUGUGGAUGUCAAUGAUAUGAAAAUUGAUCUAAUGAGCAUCAGUGGCCAUAAAGUUUAUGGGCCUAAAGGGGUCGGUGCGAUCUACGUCCGGCGCCGGCCGCGCGUUCGGCUGGAGCCCUUGCAGAGCGGCGGCGGGCAGGAGCGAGGGCUGCGCUCCGGCACGGUGCCCACCCCGCUGGCCGUGGGGCUGGGGGCAGCCUGCGAAGUGGCACAGCAGGAGAUGGAGUAUGACCAUAAGCACAUCUCGCUUCUGGCAGAUCGACUGGUUACAAAAAUCAUGAGCCAAGUUCCUGAUGUGGUUAUGAAUGGGGAUAGAGAGCAUCGCUAUCCAGGGUGCGUCAAUUUAUCUUUUGCCUAUGUGGAAGGGGAGAGUCUUCUGAUGGCUCUGAAAGAUGUGGCUCUCUCUUCAGGAAGUGCUUGUACAUCUGCCUCUCUGGAGCCUUCCUAUGUUUUACGGGCAAUUGGGACGGAUGAAGACUUGGCUCACUCAUCCAUAAGGUUUGGCAUUGGUCGUUUCACCACAGAAGAAGAAGUAGAUUAUACAGUGCAGAAGUGCAUACAGCACGUUAAGAGGCUGAGGGAAAUGAGUCCACUGUGGGAAAUGGUUCAGGAUGGAAUUGACCUCAAAAGCAUUAAAUGGACUCAGCAUUGAGAAAACAGCUUAGCGCUAACCAUGGACUAGAUGGAUGUGGGUUAAAAUGCAUUCUGUGUACAUUCCUGAACAUGUAUUUCAUUCAUGCUGUGCUUUUGUUUUGUUUUCGAAUUUUCAAUUUGACUGGAAUACUGCCCUUUCUCUUAGCAAAGUCUUAAGAAAUCAAAAGUGAAACUAGCUUUUAUGCUGGAGAAAAGCAAGUUCCUAUAAUGCUCAUUGCAUUUAUAUUUCCACAUAGAAAUUUAUGCUGACACAGGAUUUAUUUGGAAAAAAAAUGUAUUUUCUAAUGUGAAAAUGAGACUAGCACGUUACUGCCUGUGUCAGCAGUAUCUUGUCAGAGGAGAACAUCCUUGAUAUAUGAUUUGUUUGCAGCAAAGCCCUAUUGCCAGACCUCCA